AUGGAAACCUUGGAGGCUGAGAUAAGUGCUAUGGAGCCUCAGCGGGACAAUCUUCUCACUUUGCCAAAUGCCCAUCUUACAGACCCCGCUGUUCGAAGUGCAAACCUCGCGGGCCGAUACCAACUUGCAUGCUGCAGCUUCAAGUCUUACAGCAUUCAAAUAGUUUGGACAGAAAUAUCGGCAGACAUUAGAUGCUUGUGUUGCACAAUUACGCUCGCGAUAGGGAAUAUUCAAGAAGCAUUUGCAGGAUAA